AUUGCAGGAACCUUAGGAAUGCACAAUCUUUACUGCGGCUUACCGGCCUCUCUUUAAUCCACGCGCCGCCACCAAAACCCUUGCUGUAAUAUAAAUCAAGCGGAGAAAGGAGACGAAAUCCAUGGGUAUGUCAGGAAUGAAGCACACGGGCGGCCACAUGCACGGUAUGGGAUUCCCACCUUCACCCUCCGCCGCCUCGAACGGUACAGCUGCUCACCACCACCGCCACACGAUGAUGCACAUGGCGUUCUUCUGGGGAAGGAACACCGUGGUCCUCUUCUCCGGCUGGCCGGGAUACGACAACCUCGGAAUGUAUGUUUUCUCGUUGGUUGUCGUUUUCGCUCUAGCGGUUCUGGUAGAGUGGUUGUCCAAUUGCAACUACAUCAAGGACGGCGCGAACCGUGCGGCGGCGGGGAUCCUCCAGACCGCCAUGUACGGCCUCAGAAUUGGGCUCGCCAAUAUGCUGAUGCUGGCCGUGAUGUCAUUCAACGGCGGCAUAUUUCUGAUGGCCGUCGCCGGACACGCGCUCGGGUUUUACUUCUUCGGGAGUAGGGCUUUUAACAAGCCACCGUCGCCGGCGGAUGGGACGACCACAGAUCUUCCGCCUAUGCACUGUGGCUCCUAGCUAAUACGAAUAUUCGGAAAAAGAAAAAUUUACUUACUUUUAUUUUAUUUAUUAUUUAUUAUUU